AGACCAUUAGCCAGCUUAGAGCCACUAUAAGCAGGAGUCAUUGAUACUGCAAAUAAGCGGGAGACUGGCUGUUUCAAGAACUUUAGAUAAUACUUUGAAGACAAAGAGGUGGGAUGGAUUCAUCUUCAUCAACAAAAUUUCUAGAUGUAGAUGUGAAGGUAACUAAUAUAUACUACAAUCGAAAAGAAGUCCUUAUAAAAUUUCAAGGCCAAUUUAACACAGAAUGUGAGCUUGAUUAUCAUAUAUUGCAAAAAGAAAUACAGCAAGUACCAAAAGUGAAAGAUUCUGUUGCAGUUGGUGAAUUCUGUUUAGUCAAAGACUCAGAGGGUGGAGAAUGGUACAGAGGAAAAGUAAUACAAAAAAGACAUAAUACCUAUGAAGUACAUUUUAUGGACAAUGGGAAAAUAUUGGCAGUGCCUGAAACUCACCUUGCAUCUCCCAUUGAUGAAUUAUUUCAACUUCCUCCAAAGAUGGUUUAUGGGAUUUUUGCAAAUGUGCUUCCAAUUGAAGAAAAAUGGACACCCAAAGCUUUUAAUUACUUUUCAUCUUUGAUAGGCUUGCAGAUUAAAGGUCAUAUACAAGCCAUUCUGCCAAACCAAAUAUUUCUUCUUGGCGUGCCCAAAAUUGCUACUGAUGUGGUUGAAUUCAGAGUUGGAAAACUUGUUGAUGUAGAUACUUUCCGUCUUAUUGUUGAAAUGUUAACUGAAUUUCCACAUGAGCCACUUUGUAAACAAAUGCCCAAUUUAUCGCAACAGAAAUGUACAAGCCCACGUACUUGUGAUGCUGGAACUCAACCAAAUAUUCCACAAGUUCUAAGAAAUCUUCAACCAAUUUUGACUGUUGGUGCUGUAGAAAAAGUAAAAAUAUCAGUAGCAGUUAGCCCCAGUAAGUUUUAUUGCCAGUUACUUCGCCAACAGGUACAUCUGGAUAGAUUGACAAGAGACAUGUUUUCCUAUUACGAAUCUAUCAGCAGAAUAAAACUUCCAUCUUGUGACAAUUUUGGAGCUCUUUGUGCAGCUAGACAAAAAAACGGUCAGUGGCAGAGAGGAGUAAUGCAACAGCUACUUUCUGAUAAAGUGAAGGUUUGGUUUAUGGAUUUUGGCAACCAUGAAGUUGUGUCUUCUGAGUAUAUUUUUAAGCUUCCACCAGAAUUUAUUUCAGUACCUAUGUUUUCAUUUCCUUGUGCUUUAUCAUGUCUUAGUGAUCAGGAUGGAACAGAAAGAAAUGCUCAGCUAGAAGAAUUUAAAGACACUCUAUUAACACAACAGGCUAUUUUGGUCCACAUAGAUCUGUUCAAUAGUAAAGAGCACGUAUAUUAUGUUACAUUACAUAAAUGCACAUUAACACAGACAAGUGAAAAUCUAUCUUGGGAAAAUGAUGUGGAUCCAAAACACAACAUGGAAGUCUCUUGUGCAAGUGGGAAUGUACAAAAUUCUAGUAUGAACUUGGCAGAGAAGAUUUACAAUACUACUCAACUAUCAAGUUAUUCUUCAAAUCAAAAGGAUACUCAUUUACUGUGCUCCCCUUUAACUGUUCCUUACAAAAGAGCAGAAAUGAAAAUAGGUUCAGUUUGUGUUGGUUUUGCAGUUUAUGUUUUGAAUCCAUCAAACUUCUGGGUGCAAACAAAUGAUUUCUUAGAUGAGUUUGAAGCUUUAAUGAAGAAAAUUGAAGAUGUGUAUGAUGGAAAUGAAGUCAGUGAUAAAAUUCUAGAAAACCCAGAGCCUGGAAGACUAUGUUGUGCACGAUAUAGUAAGGAUAAGUGUUUUUAUAGGGCUGUCAUUAGACAAAUCAUAGACAAUAAUGUUGAUGUUUAUUUUUUAGAUUUUGGGAACACUGACACAGUGCCACUGUUUGAUGUGAAGAUUUUGCUUCCAGAGCUUCAAGAAUUACCAGCGUUAGCCGUGUGCUGUACACUUGCUAAUGCAUUUCCAAUUGAAGAUAUAUGGAUUAAAAAAGAAAUAGAUUUCUUUAAAACAACCGUGGUUGACAAACUAAUCACACUGCAUGUCAUUGCAAAACAAAAGGAGAAUUACAUUGUCAGUGUGCAGUGUAUGAAUGGCUCCAAGCAUACUGACGUUCUCAGGCUUAUGGUUGAAGCAGGAUGUGCAGAAUAUUGGGAGGUAAAACAAGAUUCAUUUAAGAAAACAGUAAGGGGCUUUCAACGAAACUGCUCAGAAAAAUACAAAAAUAGAGAAAGAAUAAGUAAAACAUCUUUUCAGAAGAAUAAAAUACUGAUACCUAAAACUACUCAGGAGAAUAAAACGCUUAAUACUCAUGUUGUGACAAAAGGGAAUGCUACCAUUUUUCCACUGUGGAAAAACAUACUUUCCAAUAAAUAUGGGCAAAUGGUUUGGAAAACAGAUGGAGUAGAAUGCUAUAAAGAGUACAGAUUUAAACCAGGUUGUGUAUUUGAUGUUGUAUGUUGUCAUAUUAUUUCACCAGGCAGUUUUUUAUGCCAAAUACAAAAUAAGCUACCUGAGCUAAAUAAUAUGAUGGAACAAAUUCAGAAUUUUUACAACACUCAAAAAAGACCUUAUGAAAGUGGAAAGCUUGCCUGUGUUGUGAAAUAUUCUACAGAUGGAAAAUGGUACAGAGCUGUUGUACUGAAACAUGUAUCCAAAAUUGAAACUGAUGUAAUAUUUGUAGACUAUGGUAACAGGGAAAGAGUUUUGUUGAAAGAUCUUCAAGCUAUUCAUCCAGACUUCCUAAUUUUGGAAUGUCAAGCAUUCAGAUGUUGUCUUAAUAGUGUCACUGAAUCCUUAAUAUUUGAUCCCUAUAUUUGGACUGCCGAGAUAUGCAGUGAUUUUAAAAAAUUUGUUUCAUCUGCUAAUGAACAACUGAUUUGUUCAAUUUGUGCCCUGGUUUUUAAGACUCCCAACUAUUUAUAUUACAUUGUUGAUUUGAAGACUCCAUUUACUAGUUUAAGGCAAUUUCUCUUUGAAAGUGGCCAUGCACAAAUUUACGCUUUUGAAUGUGCUCAAUCUCUUAUAACACCAUUUUCUCUCUGUAGCUUUUAUUAUUCAUCUUUUAAUAUGGAAGUUGGAAAUGAAGAGAAAGUGUAUGUAUCCUAUAUAUAUAGCCCUACAAAAUUCUACUGCCAGUUAAGUAGAAAUGCAAAUGAGAUGGACAAGGUACUUAAAAAGAUUUCAGAAAUUAGCCAGAAAUCAAGCCACGCAAUCCAAAUAGAUACUCACAGUUUAUGCAUAGCAAAAUAUUUUGAGGAUGGCGUCUUCUACAGAGCUUUAGCAUCUCCUGUAGAAUCAUCAGAUUUCUGCCCGGUAUAUUUUGUGGACUUUGGAAAUGAAGAGUUGGUGGCAAAAGAGGAACUGGUUCCUAUUCCAAACAGUGCUUCAGAAUUAAUGUUCACACCUAUGCAAGCUAUUAAGUGUUACUUAUCAGAUCUAAAGGAUGUUGAAAUUCCAUCUGAAAUAAAAGUAUGGUUUGAAAGAAAUUAUUUGGAAAAAGAGUUGAAGGCCAUAAUAGUAUCUAGAGAAUCUGAUGGGCAGUUUGGUAUGGAAUUGUAUGAUGGAGAACUACAAAUAAAUGGAAAGAUUAAAGACUUACUAAGGCAAAAAAAACAUGAUCCGAUCCCAAAGGAUAUUAAAAAGGGUUUUACAAAAUGUGUUGGGAAUAAACAUAGGGCUUAUAAAAUAGAGUUGGAUAUAGAAAAAAAACAAGUUAAAAGUAACAAAAUUGGACAGCAAACAAAAGCAGGCAAUGAUAAGUUACAUGUUAAAUAUAGAAACGAAAUAGUAAUUGAUCAACAGAAACAGGGUAGUAGACCUGCAAAGUUUCCUUUCACUUUGGAUUUUUCAGAUGCCAUAUUGAAAAAAGUUUUGAGAUACAGAUAUGAAAGUACUCACAAAGAACCCAAUACUGACACUAUUGAUCGCCUUUGUGUACAGUCAAAGAAAAUUAAAAAUGAAAGAACUGGAUUACAUAUGCUAAAAUUAAACACUUUAGGACAAGAAAGAAGCAACAAGACUAAGCAAAAGUACACAGAUCUUCCUCAACUUGAUAUUCUUCUAAAUUCUAAAGUCUCGGGUUACAUUUCUUACGUAGCUAAUCUUUCAAGUUUCUAUGUUCAUCGUUCAGAGGAUGAAAAUAAAAUUGUGCAACUUGCUGAGGAACUGAAUAGAGAAACACUGGUAAAAGAGUCAGAAAUAGAAACUGAAGUUGAGAAAGAUGAUGUUGUUUUAGCAAAGUAUGAAGGUGAUUGUUGCAUAUACAGAGCUUUAGUCAGAAAAGUCCUAGCUAAUAAGUUUUUUGAAGUAGAGUUUAUUGAUUAUGGUAACAUAGCAACUGUGAAUUCAAAAGAUAUCUACAAAAUUGAAAAGUGUUUACUCAGUUUACCAAGACUCAGCAUACAUUGCUUCCUUAUUAAAGCAAAGUGCUUGUUUUCAAAUAAAAACUGGAAUACUGAUAUGGAUGCUUAUUUUAUCAGUGAGGUCAACAAUCAGCCAAUCAUGAUUGAGUUUCUACAACAGUAUGACCAACAGUGGGAAGUUGACAUAAUUUGUCAUGGAAUAUCUAUAUCUGAUAAAUUAAUGGAGAGAGAAAUCCUUUUAGGUAUAGAGAACAUACUUUCAUUGAACUUUGACCACAACAUGAAACAGCUCCCAACAAUAGAUUCAGAAACUGUUAGUAAUGAUCCAGGUAAACAAUCAGAAAGUCAAACUUUAUGUGAAAGCAUUAAAAUCAGAUCUACUAAGAUUGGCUACCAAAAUAUAAAGCCGGGACAGAUGGAAAUAGUUGAAAUUGGUCAUAUUUCAAGUAAUGGGAACUUCUAUGUGAAGUUAACUAAGGAUGCACAAACAGUGCUCAAUUUAAAUGUACUGGUUGCUCAAGAGGUAGAGAACAACUCUUUUAUUGCUAUGCAAGAAAUUAGAGAAGGAUUAGAAUGUUUAGUAAGAUCAAAAGAAUCCUUGAGAUGGUAUCGAUCUGAAGUUAUUGAAAAAUAUGUGAAAGAGGAAUGUUCGUUGGUUCUUUUUGUGGAUGUAGGAAAAUAUGAAAUGGUGUCACUACAUGAUAUACAUGUGCUGAGUGAAAAAAUAAGGUGUAUUCCCAGGAAUGCAGUGCUUUGUAAAUGGAUUUGGAUUGGAAAUCUAAGUGAUUUGUCUUUUGAGGAAAUGAUGGAGAAGGUAAAAUAUUGUGAGAUAAAGAUUAUAUUUUUAAAAUACUUAGAAUCUGAGCUUAUUUGGGAAGUAGAUCUUUUAAUAGAUGGAAUUUUAUUUUUGGAAUAUUGGAGUCAAAUAUAUAACCAAACAAAAUUAAACAGACAUAACUUAUUAGAGACAGAUAAUGUCAGCAAAUUACUUGAUAUAUCAGCCAAGUCAAAUUCAAUUUCAUGGGCACAAUUUCAGAAGAAUAGAUACUAUCCUGGAUUUGUCACAUCAGUCACUGAUCCUUCAAACUUCUGUAUCCAGUUAGAAGAUUCAUUUAAAACUCUGAAAGACUUGUUCAAAAUGCUCUCUAAUCUUCCAGAAAACCUCCCAACUAUGCCACAAGAAUGUGUAAUUCCUGGUGCCUGCUGCUUAAUAAAAAAUGGAUCUAAUGAAAAUUGGAACAGAGUUGAAGUUUCUGAAGUGCUCAAAGACUCUAGUACAUUAAUACUUACUUUUAUUGAUGAUGAUGGUUUAUCAUCUCCCUUUCCCAUCUCUCAUGCCUCUAAGCUGAAGAUUGUCCCAGAAAAGCUAGCUAGUUUACCACGAUUAACCUAUCCUUGCUCAUUGUUUGGAGUGACACCUGCUGAUGGGAAACAUUGGAAUGAUGAGGCCAGACUUAAAAUUCAAGAAUUUCUUGGUAGACAAGGUCUCACGUUCCAGUUCAAACAGCCUCAUUGUGGACUGAAGCUAGAGGUAGAUGUUUUUUGUGAGCAAAAUAAUGCGGCAGAUGUAUUGGUUGCUUCUGGUUGUGCUUUGUAUUCUAAAACUGCAUCCUUUGGAUCAGCUAGUUGUGCUGACCUUCAGCCACCAAAUUCACAUAUUGUUUAUGAUCUGCUCUCCAUUCCGAAGAUCUCUGAACCAAAGAUUGCCAUAAAUAAAGACAAGAAAGGUCCACGGAAUUCAGUUUUGCAAUUGAAGUGUGCUGAUUUAAAAAAAUUAAAAGUGAACAGCUCAAAGAAAUUACAUGGUAAAAAAAAAGACUCUAGGAUGACUUUCUUGCAUAGAAGUAAAAGAAAUUGUGGAAGUCUGCACAACCAGGAUGAGAAAUUAUUUAAUCAACGUUGUGACAAAGAACAACUCAACCAAACGUAUUCUACAACCAUAACAAAGGCUUCUGAUAAGUUGCUUUUGGGCUCCAAGAAUGCUCAGAUCCAGAUUCAUGAAGAAAAUUGA